AUGGCUCCUCGACGCGGCGGCAGUUCCUCUGGUGGCUAUUCGUCCGGGUCUAGCAGCCAAUGUUCGGACUACGGGGCCUUUGCAACGACUAUAAGCCGAAUCUAUAUCGCCUUUCACGCGCUGUUCUUCCUCGUGUUUAUCGCAGUCUUCUUCGUUACCGUUGCAAAGCACAAGCGCACCAAGAGGAUCGCCAAGGCCCCAUUACUUUGGUUACAGCUAUUCUUCUCGAUCGUUUUCGCCAUUCUCGCGACUACCCUGAAUAUCAUCUUCAAUACGCUAUCGGAGUGCGGUAUCUUGAUAGGAAAUGAACCAUACCGCGCCAACAUCGCCAUCACGUGGCUCGACACUCUGGCCACUUUUCUGGUCAUCGUGGCAAUCAUGGUUCCUAUCUCUCGGCGUCUGCACCACGGCAACAAAGGCAUGGGAGGGUUGGUUCUCAUGGUGCACUCAGCAACCCUGGGCCUGUUUGCCGUCCUUCUCAUCGUCUCGCUCAGUAUCAGCACACGGGUCAUGGAUGCGUAUUCGUCCAGAACCCGAUACGGCUUGUCCUAUGAUAUUGCGGACUUGGCCGUGCAUCAGCGCAGAAUCUGGGUCGCUUACCAUGUCUUCGGUGUCAUCUGCAUGCUUGUGGCCGCUGGCACAAUGCUGUUUGCGUUGGUUCGGAACCCGAAUUUUGGGAGGGGCUCACUCCGCAUCAAAAUCAUACUGCUCAUCCUCUCUUCCCUCGCCAUGACUCUGCUGGGCCUGGCGGGAUACGUCCACAACUCCUACGGCGCUUAUUCUACCUACGGGUCGAUCAAAUAUCUUGAGCGGUCGUACGAGGCGCAGCUUUUCUUGAAAUACUUCUUCUACACCUGUGCAUUUCUCAGUACCGUGAUGGUGGGCAGCACGGCGGAUCUGUAUGGCAACCAUGCGCCGCGGUUUGAUAGGCAACCACCAGUUCAGCAGAUGUAUCAGGCGCGUGUGAACUAA